UUAAAAGAGCAACCCAAACACCCGAUAGUUACCCUCUUUAAACCCGGCAAAAACCCUUUUUCUUUCCAAAGAAAAUUCCGUUAUUAACAAAAACCCUACCGAAUGUCACUACUUAACUUGUUGUCUCCAGAUUAGGGUUUUUAUUUUCCAAAGAUAUUGAAAAUAAUCACAAUGCCUGAAAGCAAAUCCUUCAAAUUCCGGUCAUCCUCCGUCAAAAUCCCUACCUUUUACCCCAUAGCAAACCACCGUCACAACCACCGGCCACUCUUCGCCGACCUCCAUCUCUCAAUCUCUUCACUUAUCAACAAUUCCAAACACUCUCUCACUAAUUUCAUUUCAUCUCAAAUUUCCUACAAAUUCCCCAAUCUCUCAAACAAUUUCCACAGUAAAAACGUGAAGAAACAGCCGUUACUAUGUUCCGCAUCGUUAGCGUUGACCAAACCAGGCGAAGAAGAGAACGUUAACGAGCUGACUCAGUUGAGUAAGACUCACUCGACGAGUCGAAACGACGAUGAGCGAGUGUUGAUUAGUGAAGUGUUGGUGAGAAAUAAAGACGGUGAAGAACUGGAAAGGAAGGAUCUAGAAGAAGAAGCGGUUGCGGCUUUGAAAACGUGUAGACCGAAUUCCGCAUUGACCGUACGUGAAGUUCAGGAAGAUGUGCAUAGGAUUAUCGGAAGCGGUUAUUUCUCUUCUUGUAUGCCUGUUGCUGUCGAUACUCGCGACGGCAUCCGUUUAGUCUUUCAGGUAGAACCAAAUCAAGAUUUCCAAGGGCUAGUAUGCGAAGGAGCCAAUGUUCUGCCAACAAAAUUUGUAGAGGAUAAAUUUCGUAGCUCAUAUGGAAAAAUUGUGAAUAUCAGGCGUUUGGAUGAAGUUAUAAGCUCUAUCAAUGGGUGGUAUAUGGAGCGUGGUCUUUUUGGCCUGGUUUCAGGAAUUGAGAUUCUUUCUGGGGGAAUAAUCAGGUUGCAAGUGUCAGAAGCAGAGGUCAACAAUAUAUCCGUACGUUUUCUUAGUAAAACUGGUGAGCCCACCACAGGUAAAACGAGACCUGAGACAAUACUUCGCCAACUUAAUACGAAAAAGGGACAGGUUUAUAGUAUGCUUCAAGCAAAAAGAGAUGUAGAUACAUUGUUAGCAAUGGGUAUCAUGGAGGAUGUUAGCAUUGUUCCGCAGCCUGCUGGAGACUCUGGGAAGGUGGACCUAACAGUUAAUGCAGUUGAGCGUGUUAGUGGAGGUAUAUCAGCUGGUGGUGGAAUAUCAAGUGGGAUCACAAGUGGCCCUCUAGCUGGACUUAUCGGGAGUUGUGCACUUUAUCAUCGAAAUCUGUUUGGGAGGAACCAAAAGAUUAAUCUUUCACUAGAGAGGGGGCAAAUCGACUCAAUAUUUCGGAUCAACUACACUGACCCAUGGAUUGAUGGGGAUGAUAAAAGAACAUCGAGAACAAUCAUGAUUCAGAACUCAAGGACUCCUGGUACACUUGUCCAUGGCGAUCAAAGCAACACUAGUAACCCGACCAUUGGACGGAUCACUGCCGGAAUUGAAUAUAGCCGUCCAUUCAGACCCAAGUGGAGUGGUACUACAGGUCUUAUUUUCCAGCGUGCUGGUGCCCGUGAUGAAAAAGGGGAUCCUAUGAUAAGGGACAUCCAUAGCUGCCCUUUAACUGCAAGUGGCAAUAAUCAUGAUGAUUUGGUGCUUGCCAAACUUGAAAGUGUUUAUACUGGUUCUAGUGACCCCAGCUCUUCACUGUUGGUAGUUACAAUGGAGCAGGGACUUCCUGUGUGGUCAGAGUGGCUAGUUUUCAAUAGAGUUACUGCCCGUGCCAGGAAAGGGCUCGUGAUUGGCCCUGCUCGUUUUAAUUUAAGUCUAUCAGGUGGUCAUGUUGUGGGUAACUUUCCUCCCCAUGAAGCAUUCCCAAUUGGUGGAACAAAUAGUGUCCGAGGGUAUGAAGAGGGUGAUAUUGGUUCUGGGAGAUCUUAUGGUGUUGGUUGUGGAGAACUAUCUUUCCCUUUGGUGGGGCCAGUUGAAGGAGCUAUGUUUGCUGACUAUGGAACCGAUCUUGGUUCAGGUUCAACCGUUCCUGGUGAUCCUGCGGGGGCAAGAUCAAAAGUUGGAAGUGGAUAUGGUUAUGGCGUUGGUAUACGUGUAGCCUCUCCACUAGGGCCUCUUAGACUCGAAUAUGCUUUCAAUGAUAAAGGAACAGGAAGGUUUCACUUUGGUGUCGGCCAACGGAAUUGAGGUUUUAUCUGAAAAUCAGUUAUAUUUUAGUUUCUUUUGCCUCAAAUUUUUCUUAUCAUUUUGUGUUCUCAAUUGCAAAAAUUACAUGUCCAGAAAUGAGCAAGAAAAUGUAACAAAAUAUACUAAUUUUUAUGCUUUAAAUGCGGGUAUGAUGAAAUCCAUCUUAAAUCCAAA